GAUGUUAGAUACUCUCACUAUUGUCUCCUCUAUUAAUCGAGUUCUACGCAACCUGGCCUGCGACAAUCAAAAGAGUUUGUCUCAUGCUAAUGUUAUGUACGAUAAAUUAGGCCUUUUAAAUGGACAAUCAUGGGCAAGACCUAAUCCUUGGUAUGCCUCAAACGCUAUGCCAAGUUUGGCGGCUCAGUAUCAUCCUCCGGCGCCUAUCAGCCCACCAGAAAGGAAAAAAGGUUUGUACGAUCAUUUUUUUAAAUAUGAUAAAAAAGGAAAAAUUGCCGUAGCUAAUGCGAGGGGCGUGGCGGCGAACCGGUGCCCGCCCGCCCGCCCGCCAGAUGCUCAAUAA